AAUGCCGGAAUGAACCAGUUCAAGGAUUUCUUUUUAGGGAAUUCUGUUCCUAAAGAUCGACGUGUCGCCAACUCUCAAAAAUGUUUGCGUGUUUCUGGUAAGCACAAUGACCUGGAAGAAGUAGGUGUUGACACCUAUCACCACACCAUGUUUGAAAUGCUUGGAAACUGGUCGUUUGGAGACUAUUUCAAGAGUGAAACAAUUCAGUGGUCGUGGGAAUUGCUUACUGAUGUUUACAAAAUUCCUAAAGAUCGAUUGUACGUAACUGUAUUUGAAGGUGAUCAAGCUGAUGGUGUUCCUCAGGACACUGAAAGCCUCGAGAUCUGGAAAAAAUACAUCGAUGAAGAUCGAAUCAUACUUGCCUCUAAGAAGGAUAACUUCUGGGAAAUGGGCGACGUUGGUCCUUGCGGUCCUUGUUCUGAAAUCCACGUAGACCUGCGUUCUGAUGAAGAGCGUGCUAAAGUGGAUGGAAAAUCUUUGGUGAAUAUGGACGACCCACAGGUGAUUGAGGUAUGGAACAAUGUAUUCAUGCAAUUUAACCGUAAAGCGGAUAAAUCACUUGAGCCACUUCCGGAAAUGCACGUAGACACAGGAAUGGGAUUGGAGCGUUUGGCAAUGGCACUUCAAGGGAAACAAUCAAACUACGAUACAGAUUUAUUCCAGACAUUGAUCCAACACAUGGAAAAGGUUUCUGGAAAGAAAUACGGAGAAAACGAACAAACGGACAUCGCGCUGCGCGUAAUUGCAGACCACGUUCGCGCCAUCGCUUUCUCAAUUGCUGAUGGGCAACUGCCUUCAAACAAAGAAGCUGGAUACGUAAUUCGAAGAAUUCUUCGUCGCGCAGUGCGCUAUGGAUAUUCCGUUCUUGAUUUGAAAUCUUCAUUCCUUGCAGAUCUAUCUUCAGUUCUUGUAGACUUAAUGGGAGAUCCUUUCGAGGAACUGAUCAAACAAAAAGAAUUGAUCCAUAAAGUGAUUCAAGAAGAGGAAACAAGUUUCUUUAGAACGCUGGAACAAGGAUUGAAAAGAAUUGAAACGGUUAUUUCGAAGAUCAAAGCGGAAAAUGGAACCAUCAUUGACGGGAAAACGGUAUUUGAAUUAUACGAUACUUACGGGUUCCCGGAUGAUUUAACAUCAUUAAUCGCUCGUGAAAAUGGUCUUUCGGCUGAUAUUGAAGGGUUCAAAAAAGUAAGCGACGAAUACAAAGAUAAAAACCGAAAAAUCGGUGCUAUAACAACAGAUGACUGGGUACAAAUUUGUGAUGACGAAGUAGAAGAGUUCGUUGGAUACGAUUUGUUAUCGACACACGUGAAAAUCGUGAAGUACCGUAAAGUUGUUCAGAAACAAAAAGAAUUCUACCAGGUGGUAUUCAACUUAACGCCAUUCUACCCAGAAGGCGGAGGUCAG